CACUUUUCCCACUAAUUUUUCCAAUUCUAUCAUGCUCCCUACAUGACCCCUCAGAACCCGACGCGGCACUAAGCCCGCAGUCUCACGCCGACGAGAUGAACCUCUUCGCACGAGCCCUGGCGCCCUUCCAGACCGGCGCCAACCACUCCGACAUCCUCAUCAACAGCGAGCACUUCGACCGCGAAGCUCUCGCCCGCUACAACUACACGCUCUACACGAACGGCACCCUCUCCAACGGCACAGAAUGCUACCUCGCCUUCGACCGGUUCCAGCCGCAUCUGUUCGCGGAGAACGGCACCGUUGUCAACGGCACGUCGUGUUACGCCCCCAUUAACCACAUCGGCGAGCAUGCGAGCAUCGGCCUCGCGUUUGCGUUCCUGUUCGCCCUCGCUAUCUUCUUCACCCUGGUGAAUGUGCGCAAGCAUGGGCGACGGUAUCUUCCGGAGGAUCGCCGCUGGAGGGUUAUCGGACGGUGUCUGAAGUGGUAUUGGGUGCUGGUGGUGGCCGUCUGUGGUACGAUUAGCUGCUUUAUGAGUGUGGAUGUCGAUCGGAAUUAUUUGCAGAGUGCGCCGUUGGUCAUGCAGAGUGUUUUUUAUACGCUGCUGAUGCCGGCGUUGAUGGCGGCUGUUUGGGAGGCUGUGAGGCAUUGGGGCUCAUGGCAAGAGCGCCAGAUCUGCGAUCGCGAUCCCUACGCCUUCGCCUUUGCCAAGUCGAGCAGUCGCAAACGCCAGGAGUUCUUCCUGCCCAUCCUCUUCUACGCCUUCGCGGUGGUCAACUUCCUGCUGACCGUGCUGCGCUCCUGGUCAGCCAUCGAACACCAACGGAGCCCCGAGCAGCAGGAACGCCUCGCGCGACCCGUCGCCACGGAUGCGCGCCGGCGCGCCGCGGGAUUCAUGGCCCUCGGCGGGAUGCUCGUCAUCUGCUAUAGCCUGGAGCACAGCAUCUACCGGUACAAGGCGCGACCGGCGAGUCUGCUGGGGCAGCUGCUCUUCUACCUUAACGAAGCGCCGUCGCAGUUCCUCGUGGUCAUUGCGCUGCUCGGCGUCAAGAUCGGCUACGCCAUCGCCUCGGCGUUCGACUGGUCUGUGUCGCCGCUGCGGUACGAUGUCGAUUCCGGAUGGCUGUACGGUCUGGGAUACACGCCCGCGCUGUUGGUUAUUCUGGUCAUGAAUGUGUGCGGGUUCUGCGAGCUGAACGAGGACCAGGCGCUGAUUUCCCAGCGCGGGGAUAUUGAGGCCGCUCGUGCCAGCGAGUUCGGAAUCGGUCAGAAGAAACCGCAUUGGUGGAAGGGGGACCGCUGGAGGACCUUCGCGGAGAUCACCGGCCGGAGGCCCUCUUCUCCGGACGCGGGGGACUUAGACCAUUUCGUUGAGAUGGGCGUUAUUAAACCCAGAGAGCGGGGCGAUCAACUCGAUGAGGUGAAAGAGGACGCGCAGGUCACUACUCGCACGGCUAGUCAGGGUAGUGAAACGACCAGCGCUACGAGCGCACCGGGCUUGUCGCCGGAUCGCAUGGAGUAUGCCGCUCAGGCAGGGAAUCCGCACAAUUUCUCCGAUGAUACUAUAUUCAUUCGCCUGGGUAUCGUCGAUGUUCAUAGCAGGCCCUCCCGCGAGCCAGACUAG